AUGGAAUGCCUCACAGAGGAUCCUACGGAUGAUUGCGACAUGGCGCAGCUGGUGGGGUAUUUGGCUGGCAUCCUCUGCGGCGUCUUCAUUUGCAGCUGUGUUCUAUCCGGCUGCCUCUUUUAUUGCCGCUGGAAGAUGCGCACGCCUGAUGUGGGAGCCAUCACCAUGAGAACUUCGGAGGGCAGGACGCAGGACGUCAAGUUCCAGAUCUGGAAAGCGAAACCAGGUGCCUCUGCCUCCGAACAGGACCAACCCAAAGUGGGCAAGACAACUUCCUUGCGGUCCUCCACAAGCAGCAAGUCCCAGGGGAAGACGGUCGUGACUUGGAACGUAGAUGCACGGCAGACCGCUGGGCAGAGCUUCAUGUCCACUGGAAAGGUCAAGAUGACUGCGAAUGCUCCAGAAAAGGAGAAGCUGCGGAAACAGGCGACCCAGAUGACGAACAAUCCAAAUCUGGUGGCCCAGGGAACCCUGGGAUCCAUCUCUUCCUACCCGACCAUGGCCAUGCCGACCGGGUCCGGCUCGCCUUCGCCGCGAGAGCCCGAGAAGGCAGAAGAGACCGCCGAGAAGGCGCCGAGCCGGUGGAAGGAGCGAGCCAAGAGCCUCGCGAAGUCGCUGACCGGUCUCUCCAUGUCGGUCCGGCAGGAAGCCUAUCGGGUGAAGGAGAAUGUGGAUUACUUUUCGGUCUCGAACGGUAUGUGGACACCAGCCGUCAUAAUCUCCCGUGGGAGGUUUGACGAGGGUGGAAUCCCUGUAUAUGAUAUUCGUGUUCAUGGGAGCAGACAGACGCGCAGCCUGGUCCCGAUGACCUUUCUGCGCCCAGAGCUCCUUCCGCGCGAGCCUGUCAGUUUCUAUUCCAACACGACUUGCGCGUGGGAACACGGGGAGAUCGAAGGCAUUGUGGGCGCCCACAUGCUCGGCUAUUCCGUGAAUCUCCUCAAGGAGCAAACCCAGACCAUGCCUGCAAGACUCAGGCGUCGAUUUCUGGCCAAGGAUCCACAGCUUGUGUACCAGGGUCCGCUGCAAGGCUGGAUCGAGGCGACCCUCCUCGAGGAUGCCGAGGAACUGAGCGAUGAUGUUCCUGGUCGGCGCGAUGAACACAAAGCGCCGAAGGCAGUGACCAAGGAGCAGACAGAUGAUGCAAAGGCAGUCAAGAAGUCCGCCUCCAGCUUGCCGAAGCUCCCAGAGAAGCGAAACGAAGUGGAUGCGCCGGAGGUCAUGCUCAAGCUGCGUCUGAAGACCAGCGAUCCCGAGAACGGUGCCGAAGUCGUGGAGGUUCCUUCGGGGCGAGUCCGUUUCGGCGGCGCGGCUGAGACGGAUGGAAGCUAA